AUGGGAACGUUCAACGUGGACACAAAGGACGCUGGGAAAGGUGAACGAGAAAAAUGAGACGCCUCGCAGAUUUAGUUCGAUUUCUGUGUUCUGAGAACUCCGAUUUUUGGAGUUUGGGCUUUGAACCGUUCCCGUUGCGCUAGUUUGAGGAGAAAUAAUGUCACACAAGUACAAGAAUUUGUCUUACCUUUUCGCUCUAGGCUGCUUUGAAAAAAAUUCAUUGACAAUAUCAGUGGUUUCUUUGGCAUGAAGCCUUCUUCUGAGAACCCAGCUCUCUUGCAAUCUUGCAAGUUUACUUCCAUGAAGGAAAAUGCUGGGAAAUGCCAUUUCUUUCGAAAAAAUUUGGAUCCUUUUCACAGAAACUGUGUGGACAGGGGAUUUUGUCUUUCAGGAUGAGCUGGUGAACUUUCCCUUCCCUGAAAAACUAAAUUAUUCUUUUUCUUUCCCUCUAGUUUUGCAUAAAUUACUUUCCGCCAUUUUGAAAUCGUAUAAUUCUGCCAGGCGCGUUUUUCUCUUUACCUUUCUCAUGAUACCUAGCAAGAAAAUAAAAUCCCAGUCGCUCUCGAAUCCGCUAGAACGCGCCUGGGUAUGAGGUAGGCCCUAGCCUAGGCAACACUGUCCCAGACUCUCAAGUUCGCUUUUUCUUAAUUCGGUAGACUAUCUCGGAGCCUGGAACAGGCUAGUCUAGCCCACAAAAUCUGAUUAGCACGGUAAGGGGUAGAAGGUCAUCUUGCAGUGGAAACGAAGGUGGGAAUUUGGUGCUGCGUGACUAAACACAAUAAUUAGCAAAUUUCUUGGGCACCUUUUUAGCUUUCACUCUUAAAGACGACGUAUUCAAUAUUCAUACCCAGGAGCUUAUUUUUCCCCAAAAUCUAGGUAGAACGAAAAUUAGCUUAACACAUGAUGCAUGUUUAUUAUAGCACCAAAAAACUAUGAAAAGUACCAAUCUUCUGGCUGGGGAUGGAAAACGAGUUUUGGUUAGAAAAAACGAGACUCCACCUUAUUGCAAAUCUUCCUGCACGCCCCACUAUGUUGUGUUAUUUCUGUUUCCGAUUCAUCGGUUCAUUUUGUUGCCGAAUUCCUGCAUUGUAGCGUCAAGAGUAAGCUUUAUAGUCUCCAGCGUUGGGACACCCCGUCGAGAGACCCACUGCUGAAGACUGAGCCUACGUCAAGAGGUGCUCUCUACAACUGUGUUUCUUGAUUCAAAACUAGCUAUUUUGUUUUCCACUGUAUUACAAAAUGAAGUCGAGGAGGAGCUGGAGACGCUGAUUCUCCAAUCCGAAUGUACCGAGACGUAGUUUAAACAAUUUCUUGGAAUAUCGAAUUACACUUGGAAAUACUUCUUUCGUAUAAAUCAUCCAACUUGUCAAAUGUGAUUUAUGACAGCUACGGAAAUUUUUUAUUAUAGAGUUUUAAUAGGUAAAAACAAAUAGUUCUUAGUAAGUAAAAAACAAAACGGUUGUAAACAGUGUUGUAAAUCAACUGCAAAGUGUACACAGGAGAGUCUUAUUUUGUAAAAGUCAUUGCGAAAUUUUAAAAAAGGUAAUAGUCAACGAGAUUAUGUUGUUGCUGAGUAUGUCAGCCUUGCUUUUUAUAAACUACAAAUUGGUGACAGAAACCUGUUUUAUUGAAAAAUCGCCACACAUAUCUGAACUCAUAAUUAAUUCGUUUGGCUAUGGAUUAAGCUCCUAAAGAAGGCAGAACGAAAGCCUUCACAGGUUGUAUAGAUUCCUGUUUCCAAUUUUUUUUUUGUUGCUAGCGAAGCACUACCCACCUCAUUGCAGUUGCUACCUGUGGAAUGCACACAAGCAAUUUUACAACUGUACAGUAUUACUAGUUUUACUUGUUUUCUCCGAUAACUUCACUUUGGGGAUUGUUUCGUACAGUUUGCGUUUUCGAACUGUGUUAUCUAAAACCUCAUUAUAUCCGUAAAGAAAGUAAAACUCGAUUUCCCGUGGGUUUAUCUCGUUUUCGCUUGCUGCGGGCACGGAAGACAUGUAGCAUCCUGUUGAAUCACCCAAACAAUUUUCUCGCACGUUACUGAAUCGAAGCAUCAGUCUGGCUAAUCGUACUGUAGCGAGGCAAAAGGCAUCGAGCACAAGGGAAUUAACCUUUACCUUGUCAAAAUUAACCACUAACAAACAGAUAUGAACUAACAAUGGUGUUCAUUAUGCCUUAAUAAACAACCGCAUGUCGUAUUUUCUCAAUUUAACGCCCCCGGCGUUUAAUUCAAACUUGGCUUUGUGGACCGGGGUUUGUUUGAAUUUGCAUUUUUUUCGGGCUUACUGUUACUAAAAAAAAGUUUUUAUCCCUUAUUCUUGACAGCCAUGUAUCUUGCCCUUAUACCGUUAGUUUAUUAUACCACAAAUAAACGUCUGGGGGGGGGUGUAUCUACAACUUCCCCUCCAAGACCCGGCGUUUAUUCGGGGCCCGGUGUUAAAUCGAGAAAAUACGGUAUGUCCUACGCUUCUCACGUGUCCUCCUCCUACAGAGCACAGAUGCACGCAAAUGAAACACCAUCGAUUCAACGUCCAGUAGGCCCUGCUGCCUGGCCUUGCUGUUCGGUUAGCAGAAGACGCUCGAAGGAUGGAUAGAUACACUCAGGAUAAUAUUAACACUCACUCCCUCUCCUUCCAGACUAUUCAAUCUUGUCUCAUUUGUACUCAGGCCUCUUCUAGAACCAGUUCUUUCCCGGUAUAUUGAUUGAUGAAAGAUUGUGUGCACACGUAAUUGGGGACCAUUUACUUUCAAUUGACGCGUACGUCGACGACUUAAGGCUUGUCAAUGCACAAAAAUGCGUCGCAUCUUCAAAGAUAUCGAGAAAGAAAGGCUCUUUACGCAGCAAGCUUCAAUUCAAGUCCAAAAUCGCUCUUUAGUUUGAAACAAAGAUCAUUGCGACAAAUUCUUGAAACAAUUGAAUUUUAAGCACUCGUCAGAAUAUGGGGCGCUUCAACUUUUUAUAGGUUAACGCGUGGAAGAGGUGGGUGGGUGUGCCUUACAAGUGUCACAAGUUUACUUUACUGAUUGCCAAAGCUUGAUCUUCAUUUGACUAAUGAUAAUAAUAAUAAUAAUUUAAUAUUUAUAUUGCGCAAAAUACAUGUUUAUAAGAUCAAAUGCGCAUAAUGAUUUGAGACUAAGGAAUGUAGCCUCCAUAACAGGUGCUUGUAAGUUCUAUGACUGCAUGCUACGCGGGCUAGAAGAAAUGGAAUGCUUUUUGAGUAAACUUUAUUUUUAAUUAUUUCUGCCACCCCGGCAAAAAAAACAAAAAACAAACAAACAAAACAAAGAAACUGAAGAGAUAGCGCGUUCAAAAAUUUAAUGAAGUUACCAUACUUUCAAACUAUAUUUAAACGGAAACCGCAAACUGCAUGUCUGACCUCUCGGUACAACCUCACCCAAAAUUAAGCGUUGUCAUGAUCAUACGGCAGUUAUAACAUGAUCAUAGUUAUGGUUACGUAACACAUUGACCUCAUGCAGUUCCCUGGUAGAGGCGACAAUAUCACUCCGGAAAAAAAUAAACUCCAGAGAUCGCGCACUGAAAAAUUCUACGAAGCGUUGUCUGUUUUGGAUAACAUAUAUCAUAUCAUGGUUAUGUUUAAACAUUGACCACAUUUUCCGGGUGGAAGUUGCAUGUUUUGACUUGUGUUAAGUCUAGCAUGGCUAAUCGUUAAGCUGGACUUUUAUUUUUGUUUUGACCUAAAAACAUCACUAGAGUAUUACAAAAAAAUACCAAACGGAUUGUGAAAAAGAAAGUUUCAGGUCUUCUUUAAAAAGCAGCUGCUCAAGCACGUGCCCUUUGUGGCCUUUUGUGGAAGAAAGCAGAAGUAUGUUUUCUAUGUAAUGUGAUUAGUUAUUUAAAUAAAUCAUGAUUUUAAAAAAAAAGUGUUUGUUGUCCGACUUUAAGAGGUUUCCGUCUUAUAGGGUGUAUACUUACAGUAAAAAAAUUAAAAACGGCAGGGACUAACACCAUGUGUCCGUCUUAUGGAGGUGUCUGUUAUGAGAGGGUUGACUAUAAUUCCCAGGCUAAUCCGAAGGUCGUGGACUCGAUUCCCACGGAAGUUCAAUCAUUUUUUUCCCAGCUGGCCUGGUACCUUAUUCCCUUUAAUUUGCAUCAUAUUUUUGUCUGUUAUUUUCACAGAUUGGCGAAGACAGUGCCAAGUUUUUUAAGUGUGGAGGAAAAAUGUCUGUUUAUUUCUGCCCCAUCAGUAAACAUUUCAUUAGAGUGGACGAGAAUCCGUAUCAUUGUGAAAAAUGUGGCAUUUGCCGGUAG